UACAAUGCCAUUAAGGGGAAUUGGUUACUGUUCUUUGGGAAUAUUAUAUUUACUUUUGAAUUUGAAUACUUUUAUUUUUCCAACUGCUAGUUACGUGCUGAAGGACUGCAGGGUCACAUGGAACACAGAGGCCAUCUGUCAGAACCGUUUAAAAGUAUUUCCAAAGGACAUUCCAAUAAGAGUGACCAACAUUAAUUUGUCUCGAAACAGAAUUUCCAAACUUAAAAAAACUGAUUUGGUAAAUUUACCAAAUCUGUUGCGCUUGAACCUGAAACGUAACCUUAUCUCCAAGAUUGAAUCUGGCACUUUUGUGUGUCAAAUCUCUCUAGAGGUGUUGAUUUUAAACAACAAUAGGCUUGGUAAUCUACAGGAGGGUGCGUUUGAGGGCCUUGUCAAUCUCACAGAAUUGCGUCUGACUUCCAAUAAGAUCCAAACAGUAUCACCGGCCUCUUUUAAGUCUUUGAGCAAGCUAAAGUUUUUGGACCUAGGUCACAACAAACUGCGCCACUUAACAAACAUCUUACAACAUAUGCCACAUUUACAAACCCUGUACAUUCCAGCAAACAAAAUUUCCAAUUUUCAUUCAUGGGAGCUGUCAAAUAAGUCUACAGAACUUGUUUCACUGGACUUGUCUCAAAAUCAGCUCAUGGUCUUUAGCCUCACUGCAGAUAUCUUUCCCAACCUCACAUUAUUGAACCUUGAUGGUUGUAUGAAGAAUGGUAUCGUCUGGGAGGUGAAUGACACAUUGUACCUUAGUGGUGUGUCUAAACUAGAUAUCAGUGGGGUUCGCUCCUCAUCACAUGGAAUGCAGGAAGUUCUAGAGACAUUCAACUCGUCACUGAAGUAUCUGACGUUAAACCAUGUGAAUAACAACCUGGAAAUUCUCAUCCAUAUUUCCUGCAAAAUCCCAUCACUGACAUCUCUUAAAGUCCGAAAUAAUGGCAUCAAAGUAAUUAGAUCAGAUAUGCUGCACUUGUGUACUAAUCUGAAAGAGUUGGACUUUGGGACGAAUAAGAUAACUGACAUCUCUGAAAAUUCAUUUCAAUCUCUGAGGAAUCUUAACAUUUUAAUCAUAAAGUUAAACCAUCUCUCAUCCGUCCCUUGUGCCGUCAGGAAUGUAUUAACACUCUCAAAAUUGGAUCUGAGCUCCAACAACAUAAGUAUGAUUGGCUGUAAUGAUUUUGCCAAUAUGACCCGUCUCAGAAUUCUCCAUCUCAACAAUAAUCAUCUCUUGGCUCUCAAGGAUUGUGUGUUCAGAGAUUUGGUUAAUUUAAAGCACUUGGAGUUGCAAAACAACAGUAUUACCAAGUUAAACGGUGCCUUCAAAAAAUACAUGCCAAAUCUUAAUGUACUUUAUUUGUCUAACAAUCAACUCGCCUUUCUAGAUCAUGGAGAAUUUGAAGCUCUGAAAUCCCUCAUGAAUCUGUCAUUACAGGGGAAUCAAAUAAAAUCACUUCAAAGUGGGCCUUUUUAUGGCCUGUCCAAUCUUAAAUAUCUUACACUUGAAUCCAAUGAACUUAGAAUAAAUCGAAAUUCAAACCCUGAUUUUGGUGACUUGAAGGCUUUAAAGACAUUGAAUUUGAUGAACAAUCAAAUUAAAUAUAUAUUGGAUAACCCCAUUGCUUAUCCACCAUUUGCUGAGCUUUCACAACUAGAUACUUUGCAUCUUUCAGGUCAACAUGGUCGACUUGGGACCAACCUCCCUCAAAACUUUCUUCAAGGCUUGACAAAUCUGUCAGUACUCAAUAUCAGUUCAGAGUUUAAUUCUCUGCACCCACUAUUCUUCAACUAUACUCGUAAUUUGAAAGUUCUUUAUUUGAGUGCAAAUUACUUCACAGACAUUCCCGACAAUCUAUUUUCUCCGAUUCAAAAACUAAAAAGUCUUUACAUUUCACAGACACGCCUGAGGUCUCUAGAUUUUCUACUCCAUGCUAACCUCACGGAGCUGGAGUUCUUGCAAGUGAGGAAGAAUGCCUUUUCUGUGAUUAGAGAGCCAGUGAUGCAGUCUCUGUCAGCACUUGUAUACCUGGAUAUGUUGGGUAAUAGCUUCACCUGUAACUGUGACAACACGUGGUUCCUCCAAUGGGUUAAAAACAACAAGCAAACACAAGUGUAUGAUGCAUACAACUUUGAAUGCAACUACCCUCCAAACCUUAAAGGAAGAAAAUUGUUGGAGAUUGACGUCCGUUCAUGUACAGUAGACAUGGAAUUUAUCUGUUAUAUUUCCACGGCAUGCACGGUCAUAAUGACCAUAGCGGUCUCCUUCACUCACCAUUUCCUACAAUGGCAUCUGGUCUACGCCUACUACCUCAUGCUGGCGUUCCUCUACAACUCAAAGCACAAGAACAAGCGUGCUCAUCAAUACGACGCCUUUGUCUCCUACAACGCAAACGACGAGGGCUGGGUGCUGGGGCUGCUGCCCAAGCUGGAGGACAAGCAGGGCUGGACACUGUGUCUGCACCACCGAGACUUCCAGCCAGGCAGACCUAUAAUAGAAAACAUAACAGACGCCAUCUAUGGCAGCCGGAAGACAAUCUGUGUGGUCAGUCGUGAUUACCUGCAGAGUGAAUGGUGCUCCAGAGAGAUCCAGGUUGCCAGCUUCCGUCUGUUUGACGAGCAGAAGGACGUGCUCAUCCUGGUGUUCCUGGAGGACAUUCCCAUGCAGCAGCUGUCUCCGUACUACCGCAUGAGGAGGCUCCUGAAGAGACAAACCUACCUGAGCUGGUCCCGCGCAGACGCACACCCAGACCUGUUCUGGGAGAAGCUCCGGCAGGCCCUGGACACCCAGGAGCACCCAAUGGGAGAGCAUCUACGGCUCACCGUGGUGUAGGGAUCCCCCGAGGGGAGACCAGACCAGUAAAAAGCUUAAUGUGUCCAAAGGGUUUGACUGGUUUUGUGUGCAAGGCAGUGUAUCUGGUCAAAGCAGAGGAUCUGGUAAUAAAUACUCAAAGGGAAGGACAACAGAAAUAUGUCAAGGUGUGCCUUAGGAUUCCAAAAUCGAUGUUCCUCAAGACCCUUUGCAAUCUCAUUUUAUUUCAUACUUUCAAUAACUUGAUUGAUUUUCGUAUCCAUGCCCUAGGAAUUAAUAGUUUGUAUGAUAAUGAAAUUGCAACUAAUUAAAGUAAUUUUGAGAUAAUGUGUAAUGAAUGUAUCAUAUUAUUUUGCAUAUUCAAAAACAGUUUAAAAUUAGAUUCAUAUUCAGUUGUUUUCUUUCAAUAUUUAAUUAUAUUAGCAAACAUUCUUUUUUUGUUCACAGAACAAAGUAAGGGUUAACAUGGGAACUACAUUUUUUUAGUUUGAGGUGGAAAAUACAUAACCGUAGAUAACUUAAUAAAAUUUCAUAAAUUCAGAGUCUCUCAAUUUCUCAAUCUAACCCACUCCGCAUAAA